AAUAUACACGAUCAUAUCCAUUUCACACACGUGGACUUAGAUACAAAACUAGUUGGAACAAAAGGACUUCUGUAGAUUAAUGCUACGCUCAGUUCCAGUAUGAGUGAGGAAGAGAUGGUGAUGCACAAGCGGCUAACAUUAGAGGGAGAGGGUGGCUCUGAUGACAAGAGAAUCAUGUCCUUAGUCAAGACAUUUGUCAGAUGGACCACUGGUUCCCUCAGUGACGAUGACCAAGAAGCGACCUAUCAGAAGAUGCUUUUCACACUAGGCCUGUGUGAGUUUACGAUUUCUAAAACGGAUUAUAUGAUGGAAAUGAACCGGAAAGAAAUGGAUCGCUACGAACGCGUAUAUAGUGAAAUAGAGAGUAAUAUUGAAGCAGCUCAACAGCAAAUCUCGGACUACAAGGUGGAGUUACAGCAAGCUCAGAUCAUUCGCAAUCAUAGACAAGAGUACAACGCACUGGCAAAGGUGAUUCAAAAAUAUCCUCCACGGCAAAUCUCUAAAGACAAAAUCUCUGAUCUUGAGCAAUCCCUGUCUGACUUGGUCGUCAAGAAGGAGCAGCUAUCAAACGUACUUGAUCUACGAAAGAAGCAAUUCCAUCUACUCGUACAAUGUGUGCAUCAGCUCCAAGAUGAGUUACAAAGUGACGAUGUUGCUAUGGAAACUGAAUAACUAUGUACAUAUAAAGGCGGUCUUUUAUUAUCUCAAUUGCUGUAUUACACUUAAAAUUAUAUUAUACUCAUAUGCAAGACAUGCCAUUUAUUACAAUUUAUAAUAGUUUGAGCAUUAUUGA